AUGGUUAGAGGUAUAGCUAUAGCUCUCAUAGCAACUAUAAAAGGGUAUGAAUGUAUCAUUACGGUCCCCGGGAAGACAUCGUUGGAAAAAGAACAGGUACUCCAUGCGCUGGGAGCCAAAGUUGUCCGAACACCGGCCGGAGUACCGUCUGAGUCUCCGGAUUCUAAUAUAAAUGUCGCCAAGCGCUUGAAUGAAGAGAUACCGAAUUCAUGGUUCCUUAAUCAGUACGAUAACGAGGAGAACACGCAUGCGCAUGAGUAUGGUACGUCAGAGGAGAUCUGGUACCAGACCCAAGGGAAAGUCGAUGUUGUGAUUGCUGGUGUCGGGACAGGAGGCACCGUCACCGGUAUAGCAAGAGGAUUGAAGAAGAACGAUCGAGAUGUGUUUAUCGUCGGUGUGGAUCCGGUUGGAUCUAUCCUCGCGCAACCAGAAGCGCUUAACAGCAAGAUCAGUGAAUACAAAGUGGAAGGGAUCGGGUAUGACUUUGUGCCCGGUGUGCUGGACCAGUCUGCUCCAGAUAUCUGGGUCAAAACAACAGACGAGGGAUCGUUCCAGAGUGCGAGGAGACUCGCGAGAGAGGAGGGUAUACUCUGCGGUGGUUCAUCUGGCGCUGCCUUUGCAGGUCUGGUCCAAUUUCUCGAGCAGCACCCGAAGUUCAAUUCGGAAGACAAGACUAUUGUGUUGGUUUUCGCCGAUGGCCUCAGGAAUUACCUGGCCAAGUUCGCUGGUAACAAGGGAUGGAACGCAACGGAUUUGCCAUAG